AUGACACAGGUGGACCCCCAGGAAAGGUGGGGCAAGGUAUCUGCUCUGUCCAACUUGACGGAGGAAGCUCAUGACCCCCGGGUGCUGAGUGUGAGCUUAGAGAGAGAGGAUGAAGAUGGUGGGGAGGCAGGAGACAAAGGGAGCACAGAGGACCCUGAUCACCAGGCCUGUCCAAGCAGCAGCUCCCAAGUGACUCAAGACAAUCCUGACUUGCCAUGGCAUCAUCCACCCAGCGAGUCAGAGAAAUUCUCUAGCUCCUUCGGUGCGGGGGCCAUGGGGAAGGAACCGAUGGUGAUGCCUAGAAAGGCCAGCUGGGGAAGAGAAGAGUCCAACAUCACGCAGACCCAGGACCCCCCUGGACCAGGCGCAGCUCCCGGGACCCUCCCCGGCGACCUCUCACGUAAGUUGUUAGGCCGGACGCAACCGCUUAGGGACUCGCUACCUGUAGGAGAUGAUGGAGACUCCAGGGCAAACCUGGACGCUGCCUUGGGGGUCGCGUCCAAUUUCCCUGAGACGGGAAGAUAUUUCUGCGCACAGAGAGGCACAGGCACGUCCCCAGACGACUCCUCUCUGGUGUGUUUCCCCAAGCCGGGGGGCAGCUGGGACCUCCCCACGCAGGAGACUCGCGCACCCGCCCAGGGGUCGGCGCCCCCAGCGGGCCUGGCAGCAGCGGUGCGGGCCAAAGCGCGCAUCGGCAGAAAGGGCCAGAACCCGGAGGGUGCGCGCCAGGGCGCGCAGGGGGAGGCGCACCCCUAUAAGUGCCUGCGGGGAGGAAGAGCCUUCCGGAAGCCCAGCAGCCCGCUGAGUCCCUCGCAGCCGCGGGGCACCAAGCCUCACACCUGCGAGCUGUGCGGGAAGGCCUACUCCCACCGGGGCACGCUCCAGCAGCACCGGCGCCUGCACACGGGCGAGCGGCCCUACCAGUGCCCCUUCUGCGACAAGGCCUACACCUGGUCCUCGGACCACCGCAAGCACAUCCGCACCCACACGGGCGAGAAACCCUACCCCUGCCCCGACUGCGGGAAGGCCUUCGUGCGCUCCUCCGACCUGCGCAAACACCAGCGCAACAUGCACAGCAACGACAAGCCCUUCCCGUGUGCCGAGUGCGGUCUGACCUUCAACAAGCCGCUGUCGCUGUUGCGCCACCAGCGCACGCACCUGGGCGAGAAGCCCUUCCGCUGCCCGGCUUGCGACAGGGAGUUCGCCGUGGCCAGCCGGAUGAUGGAGCACCAGCGUGUGCACUCGGGCGAGCGGCCCUUCCCGUGCCCCACCUGCGGCAAGUGCUUCACCAAAUCCUCCAACCUGAUCGAGCACCAGACGCUGCACACCGGCCAGAGGCCCUUCAAGUGCGCCGACUGCGGCGUGGCCUUCGCGCAGCCCUCGCGCCUCGUGCGCCACCAGCGCAUCCACACUGGCGAGAGGCCCUUUCCUUGCGCCCAGUGUGGCCAGGCCUUUGCCCGCUCGUCCACGCUGAAGCGGCACCAGCAGAUCCACUCUGGGGAGAAGGGCUUCCUCUGUGCCGAGUGUGGCAGGGCCUUCCGCAUUGCCUCGGAGCUGGCCCAGCACAUUCGCGUGCACAACGGGGAGAGGCCUUACCAGUGUGAGGACUGCGGCCAGGCCUUCACCAGGUCCAAUCACCUCCAGCGCCACCGAGCCAAGCACAGUACCUGCAAGAAGGAGCCCAUCCCCUCCUCCUCUGAUGAGUGA